AUGUACUCUUUACGAGCGACUGUAUUGCUCGCAAUCUUCGGUCUAACCGUCUCUCAACCGCCAGUCGAGGACCGGGUUUAUCCCUUAAACGCCACAGGCGCACGAAGAUUCCCGGCACCUGACUAUUUAACCCAUCUCAAUCCCGCAGAAUGGACGGCCCGUGUCGCCCUCACUAGAGAUGAUUACUUCGAAGGAGACAACUAUCGUACCGCUACUUGGCUAGAUACUCCAACUAAUGUCCCCGUGAACGGAUCCUUUGUGAUUCGAGACGUCUGCCUUUUCAUGCCAAUGCCAAAAAUAAAGCGAACCGAAGAUAUCGACUACUCGAAGGGUGAGAACGGGUGUAAUGAUGUUCUUGGAGGGGAAUGUGUGGCAAAACUUAAGAGUUUCCUGUCGACACAGUAUGAAGCACGCACGGCUCAAAACGGUACUAUGAAUUGUAACUCUACUCGGAACGUGGGAUCUUGGCGUCAGUAUAUUUAUAAUAUUUGUCCAAUUUACGAAGAGGCUGGGGGUAGUGGAUUUUCAUUUAAACAGUUAAUACCUUCGAAUCAUGAAGCUGGAAAUCCACUACAUGGUGACGGAGAGACGCGUUGGAUCGCUAUGGCCACACCCAGAAAUACAACUGACGUAUCGCCGGAGGAGCAAUACGACGAAGUCAGCCAAUAUGUCUUCACAUAUACCCUCAUUUCUGGACCGGAAUACGAGAAUCCAGGCGAGAAGCCCACCGUAGAAGUGGUAUGUGUAAAGGCUGAAAAUGUGGUUGAGGGAUCCCGAGAGCUUCCAAGUUCAGCCAGUUUUCUAGGCGUUGAGCGGCAGGUGUUCAUGGUGACCUUUGGAUUUAUGGUUAUUAGUGUUUUGUUCCUUUAA